ACUACAACCUAAGGUACUGGGUACGACUUUGUCCUCUUUUACAGCAUCUAGGAAGGGGACAACAUCGCUGUGAAGUCAAUAAGGCCCGCUCAAACAUCGCUAAAAAGGGAACUAAUCACCGAAAAUGUCUGCUAAUAAAGAUGGGAAUGGUGGAUGGAAGACCUUUAUCUGGAAUUCGGACAAGAAGGAAUUUUUAGGACGCACAGGCUGCAGUUGGUUAAAAAUCUUCAUCUUCUAUGUAAUCUUCUAUGGCUGCUUGGCUGGAAUUUUCAUUGGCACUAUCCAGGCCAUGCUUAUGACCCUCAGCAACUACAAACCCACAUACCAGGACAGGGUUGCACCCCCAGGGUUAUCACACACUCCACGCCCGGACAAAGCAGAGAUCUUCUUCUCCUUAAGUGAUCAGGGGAGUUAUACGACAUACAUAACAAAUAUGAAAGUCUUUCUGCAGAGAUACAAUAGCGAAAACCAGCUUGAUCAAAUGAAGUACGAAGACUGUGGAGACAAACCUGGAACCUACACAGAUCGUGGAGAACUGGAGGGUGAUGACGGCGUGAGAAAGGCCUGCCGUUUCGAUAGAUCCUGGCUGAAGGAUUGCUCGGGUAUAACGGAUGAAACUUUUGGCUUUGAGGAUGGCAAGCCCUGCCUAAUUGUUAAACUCAAUAGGAUUGUCAACUUCAGGCCUAGGCCUCCAGCUUCUAAUGACAGUAUUCCUGGGCCAAUUCUCACCAGAUAUCAAAGCAAUAUCAUCCCAAUCCACUGCUCAAGCAAGAGAGAAGAAGAAGCAGACAAGCUUGGGCCGGUUGACUACUUCGGAGUGGGUGCUGGUUUCCCUCUCCAGUACUAUCCUUACUACGGCAAGCUGCUACAGCCACAGUACCUCCAGCCUCUGGUGGCCAUCAAGUUUCAGAACAUCUCAAAGGAUUUCGACAUGCGCAUAGAGUGCAAAGUAUUUGGAGAUAACAUUAAAUACAGUGAGAAGGACCGUUCUCAGGGACGCUUUGACAUCAAAAUCCACAUCAAGUCAUGACCAUAGCUAUGAUUAGCACUUUUACUCUGCCCAUUUCAAAACACAAUAAUUUAGACAAAUGCAAAUUCAAUUGGAAAACAACUAGUCUUGAACAAACUUUCAUAACAUAUGGGACCUACACUUAAUUUGUAUGCUUUACACUAGCUUUCUCUGCAUGUCUAGGGUUAGAAUGUAAAUUACAGGAAGAGUAGCAAUAGCAAAGUAUUUAUUCUACUGUAAAUGAGAAUAUUCCGUGAGCCAUGGGAUGUUCAUUUAUUACUGUAAAUUAUAAUUCCACUACUGAUGUAGCGAGCAGUGUUUCUGUCCCCUGAGUAUUUCUGCCUAGUUUGGUCUCUUUAUAUUUUAUGGAGUGUGCAGUGCAGUAGUCGCAUACAAUGGUCCUUUCCAAGCCAUGUUGUAAUUUCUGUUGUCUUAUGUGAGAGACUUAGUGGUCCAAGGUGUGUGAGUGUUGUUUAGUAUAAGCAAAAGAGUCUGUGAGAAUAUGUGUGGAUUUGUCUACUUCAAAACUGAAAAUACUGGCAUGGUACGCUCUGAACUCCCCAAGUCUGUAUGUGUGUGAGUAAGUGACUGCACUCCAUUCAAUUCUUCUUUUUUUCCUUUUCCUUUUGUCUUUUAUUUUUUGUUGAUUGUGGGGAAUAUGUUUUUACAUCACCUUUUGACUUUUAUUUGAUUGUCUUGCAAUUUGGGACAUUGGGGCUAAUGACAAUUCUGUGUAAGGCUUUUAUUACCUUUACUAUUAAGUGUAGAACUGUGUGUCGAGCCUGGAGGACUGAAGUGUGCCCAGUGGUCACCAUGGCAACUCAGUGCUUUUGAUUAUUAUUAUUUUUAUUUUGUUCUGAAGAUACCACAUGAUGUGGUGUUAAUUUCUAAUGAAUGUUUUAGCCAUUUUCAUGGUGGAAGAAUUUUAUAUUUAUGCAGUUGUACAUUUUUUUUCAGCAGGAGAACGUGUAAUGUAUGAAUCCAAAUACCAAAGUCACUGGUCAAAGGUUAGAAACCUAUCAGAUGCAAUGCAGUACCCCAUGUAAUAGGAUAUUUUGUUGGUGUUAAAAGUGCUCAAAAGUCAAUGUUGAACAUCACAACACUUGUCAAGAGUUAUGUGUGCUCUUGUAUUGCUAUUUAAAUCUUGAGUAAGACCUAAAAAAAUUAAAUAAAUGGACAGACAUAUGAGGUA